AUGGUAAUAAAUUUAUGGCGAGCCGUUCAGGAAGUGUCGGCGAAAACUACAGAAUUGGGAGGAGUCCUUACAGUAUCUGUGGGGCCAGUCACGGUCUAUGUAGUGACAGAUCCAGAGGACAGUACUACAGUCGCUAAUAAUUGUUUGGCAAAAGAAGGGUUCUAUAGAUUCGCGCGACCUUGGCUUGGAAAUGGGUUGGCCACAGCAAAGUUACCAAUAUGGAAGACUCACCGCAAACUGCUAAAUCCAUCAUUCAGCCCGUCUGUCGUGGAUAGUUUCAUACAAAUCUUUAAUAUGCAAGCGAAACGACUAGUCAAGAGUUUAGAAGUCGAAGUAGACAAGGGACCAUUCGAUCAUUGGCAUUAUACCAGGAUAUAUGCUUUGGAGACUAUUUGUUUGACAACCCUAGGCGUAGACUUGAAUGACAAUCCGGUAAUAAAACAAUACCUGGAAGCAGCCGAAGAAAUGUUCGAAGUAUUGGUUAAGAGAUUCCACAACGUAUUUUUGCAUAAGACUAAGUUCUUCAACUGGACCAGUCUCAAGAAGAAGCAGGAUGAAUUGCUGGAGAAGCUACACCAGUUGGAUUAUGUGGUAUUAGAAAGAAAGCAGUCCAAUAUUUAUGGCAACGGUGUUCCUGAAAAUUCUUGGGAUAAAAAAGGUAUAAAAUCAAGGCCAUUCCUAGAUCUUCUUUUGGAUAUCUCUUCAAAGAAGGACUUAUUUACGAAACAGGAUAUUGUAGAUCAUGUUGAGUCAAUAGUACUAGGCGGACACGAUACGUCAGCAGCCGCUCUUAUGUAUAUUAUGGUGUUGAUUGGUUCGCAUCCAAAAGUUCAGGAAAAGAUUUUUGAGGAGUUAAACGAAGUAUUUGGUGAUUCAGACAGAGAAGUAGAGAAGUGUGAUUUGACUUCCCUGGCAUACUUAGAAGCGGUGAUCAAAGAGAGUAUGAGAAUACUGCCCAUCGCGCCCAUCAUGGCUCGAAACGUAGACAGAAAUUUGAAACUUAAAAAUUACACCUUGACAGCGGGUCGCAUGUGUUUCAUAUCAGUGUACGGAAUCAACAGACAUCCGAUAUGGGGGAAAGACGCCCACGUGUUCAAGCCUGAACGGUGGCUCGAUCAUGCCACCUUGCCGGAUCAACCGAAUGCAUUCGCUACCUUCAGCAUGGGUCGGCGUCAUUGCAUCGGUAAAGGCUACGCACUAAUGUCAUUGAAGGUAACCCUUUCUCACAUACUUCGGCAUUACCGCAUCACGGGCGAAUGGGACAAAAUGCAGCUCAAAGUUGACGUCAUGCUUAAGUCGGAAGAAGGACAUCAUAUUAGCUUGAAGAGACGAUGUCUUUGCGCUGUGUACACCGACAUGCCUAUCGCCUACGCCGAUAUCAUUAAGUCCAAAUCUAAUCGUUAUAAAUUCAAGUUUACGAACGAAGACACAAUCGUUCGUAAAGUUCAACAAACAGUAAUCCUCUACACGAUUUGGCUAUAUCGACAACAUGCUGCUAAGUCUGAAAACGAACCUCCUGCUUUACCUGGGGCUUUGCCUUUGAUCGGGAAUGCUCAUCACAUGAUUGGUGAUAGCCUUUAUCUCUGGAAUUUAGUGAAGGAAAUGACUCAGGACAGUUUCAAAGUUGGUGGAGUGGUGUCAGCAUCAGUGGGACCACGAACCGUUUAUAUUAUAACGGAUCCUGAUGACGCUACAACAGUAGCCAAUACGUGCUUGGAAAAAGACGGGUUUUAUGAAUUUGCCAAGCCCUGGCUGGGAGAAGGUUUAGUUACUGGCAAAUUGUCAAUAUGGAAGAAUCAUCGUAAGUUGCUAAAUCCAGCCUUCAGUCAACUAGUCUUGGAUAGUUUCAUUGGAGUAUUCAAUAAGCAAGCCAGGCGGUUGGUGAAGGAUCUCGAAGUAGAAGUUGGCAAGGGUCCGUUUGACCACUGGACUUAUACUAGGCAUAACGCUUUGGAGACCAUUUGUUUGACUGCUCUGGGAGUGGACUUCACCGAUCAUACUCUCUUGAACAGUAAAUAUGUUAAUGCGACAGAAGAGAUGUUCAACGUCUUGGUAGAAAGGUUCCAGAACCUUCUCAUGCAUAACCACUGGCUUUACAGUUGGACUAGGCUUAAGAGAAAACAAGAUAAACUUCUAAAGAUCUUACAUAGCAUGGCCGAUGUGGUCCUUCAAACAAGAAAGUCAGAAAUGAAAGGAAAUAUUAUAUCUGAAAAAAUAACAGACAAAAAACUAGGAAGUAAGUUCAAGCCUUUCCUAGACCUAUUGUUAGAGUUGACAUCAGAGAAGCAUGUCUUCAACGAUCGCGAGAUCAGGGAGCAUAUAGACACUAUGAUUGUAGGAGGUCAUGAUACUUCUGCAGCUGUGAUUAUGUACACAAUGUUGAUGAUUGGAUCACAUCCUGAGGUGCAAGAUAAUAUUUACAGAGAAUUAGAAGACGUAUUUGGUGAUUCUGAUAGGGAUGUAGAUAAGCAUGAUUUGUGCAAAUUGAUGUACUUGGAAGCCGUGAUCAAGGAGAGUAUGAGAGUUAUACCAAUCGUACCCGUUAUAGCGAGACAACUCGACAGGAAUGUAAAACUUAAAAAUUACACUUUAUGCGGAGGUAGAACAUGUUUUAUAUUCCUAUACGGUUUAAAUCACCAUCCAGUAUGGGGUAAAGAUGUUGAAGAGUUCAAGCCUCAGCGAUGGUUAGACCCGACUACUUUACCUGAACAUCCAAAUGCGUUUGCCGGCUUCAGUAUGGGCAAACGCCAUUGUAUCGGUAAGGCAUAUGCUCUGAUGUCGAUGAAGGCGACCAUGGCGCACGUGAUGCGGCAGUACAAGUUAAAAUCUGAUUGGACAAAAUUACAAGUCAAAAUAGAUGUCAUGUUGAAGCCAGUUGGUACAGGACAUUACAUUACAAUAGAAAGAAGAUAAUAUUGUAAUAUUUAUGGAAUCGUUCCUAAGAUAUAAUAGUCGGGUCAGAGUUUAAGAAGGUACUAAACUUUGUUAGUGACAAAAAUACGCAAGAAACUACAAACGGAAUGCUAUCAAAGCUUGGAGUCUAUCAUCAAGGCCGUCAAUUGUCAAGUAAAGAUUGUUUGCUUUUAAAUGGAAAGUAAAAUAAAAUAUCAAUUUCUUUGGAAUUGUAAUAUUUAUUUGUAAACUAUUUUUAGUUAAAGAGAAACAAUUAAUUGUUAUAGGUUACCUCGUAAAAUCCGAACUUCAACGAAAUAAUAAAAGGUAUAUGAAGAUUUAUGAAGUUUUUGAGUUCACAGAAAAUUUUUAG